CACUUGAAUGCUGUUCCCUGUACUACCGCCAAGUACGCAUGGUCCCACGACCCGAGAUGUCGGUUGUGAGGCAGCGCAAAAUAGCCCGUGGGUCUUGUCCUACAUGAAACUGGGUGGGACUCCGCUUGUCUUACAUCACCGUGCGCUUUCAGUCUUCCUCAGUGCAGCUCUGCACUUUUACCAUUCCGCCCUCGAUGGCACAUGUACCAGAAAACCACCAAUCCUACAGCAAUCUCGAGGUUGUUGAGACAGACGGGCAAGACACGUUCAAGUAUAAGGCUCCCGAGUACGCAAGCGGACCGAUAGCGUUGGAUCCACAUGCCUCCCCAGAGGUAGUUCCGGGCCAAGGCGUUGCGAAUCAACCUCCCAUGUACAGCGCGUCACAACCCACAGAAGUCGAUAUUGACAAAGAGGUGGUUUCUUCUCCGGGAAAACGGCGGCGACGACUGAUUAUCUUGGGUGUUUUAGUCGGCAUUGUCGUGAUUGUCGGUGCUGUUGCGGGAGGAAUUCUAGGAUCGAGACAUGCAAAACGCGCAUCAGAAGAUGCCACACCGACAGAGGCUCCCCAGCCAGGCAAUUCGCAGGACCGACAGGUUCUUAGCAACUCGAGGAUAGCCGCCGUGAAUUGGACAAGUGGUGAUGACAACGGCGUCUACUACCGCGCCGUCUUUUGGCAGGCCGUCACGAACGACUUGAUGGCAUCCAUAUGGGAGUCCGAUACCCAGAAAUGGACGAAGGUCAAUCUCACACUCAACGGCUCAAUGGAUGUGAAAAAUGCGUACAACGAACAAUACGUAUCUCCCAAACCAGGAACCCCGCUCGCGGCCACUGUACGUCUACACAACACAUUCCCAAAGUUCGCCACAAUCGCGCUGUUCUACCUCUCCAACCAGAACACGGUUGAGCAGAUGAGCACCGAUACCAUCACAGCGAAGACGGGCUGGGGCAUGUGCUGCCUAUCAUCUAUGAGUGGCAGGAAGACUGCGGCGGAGAAUUCGCAACUUGCAGCGUUCACCGUGGCCUGCAAAGGAAGCCAGUGCCAGUCUGGAGGUGCAGGUGAUUGGAUCCAAGUAGUGUACCAGGCGGCGAACAAAAAAGUUGUCAGAUUGACACAGGAAGACUGGACCAACCAGAGUCUUGUGACUGGCGAUGACGUGCAGUCGGGGACGGGUCUUACGAUGACUUCAACAGGAUCGCCAUACUCGAAUGACAGUAGCGCGUUCGUCCCGAAGAUGUAUCUCCAGACGCCAAAGGAGUUGCAGGAAAAGUUGUGGUGGCCGUCUAGCGGAUCCAGUGAGUGGAAGUCAACGCCUCAUGCUGCUCAUUAGCUCACCCAGAUACAGGAACAAGAAUUGAGGGAUCGCGCACAGGUGGGGAUGGCAGUCCAUUGCAAUUGUCAUCCGCUGUUAUUCCUGCUUCCCAAGACGCCGAAGCAGGGUCAUAUAACGAUCUUCUUCUUUUGUCCAUCGCCAGUGACGGGAG